AUGCCUCUGUCUCAGAAGAAGAGAAAGGUUUCAGCGCAGAACGUCCCUCACAAAGACCCAGAAGAAAGUAGUCCUGAGACUCGUCAAGGAAGACUAGAGCCAUCUGCACCAGCUCACCGUAUGGGCCAAGAGGGUUCCAAAGUGAAGGGUUCGAAAUCGAUAACUGCUCUAGCUUUGAGCUCAGAUCACAACUUAAUUGCCAUCGCACUUGAGAAACGCAUCAACACCUAUACGCAAGUGGGCCGCUAUUUCGAGCUGGUUGAUGAAACAGGAGAAGAGCCAUCGAAUAUCUUACAACUUUCCUUGGCACCAAAUGCGACAAGGGCAGGAGAAUACAUUCUGGCUUCUUCAUCAUCAGACCACCUAUCGACCGAAGCAGCUAGCGGAAUAACUGCGAAGCUUAUGGACGCCCAUUGGUGGAAGCAGAAUGAAACAGCAAUCUUGUCAAUCCAACAGGGAAUCAAAGACACACUGACUAAAGCUCUGGAUAUCCAUACGAGCGAGCGUCAGACCAAACUAGAAGGAAAUACUGCAAUCUUCAGUCCGGAUGGGAGAUUCUUGUUAUGCUUCACUCAGGCUGAAUUUUUUGGUGAGACCACAGAAAGAAAUCCUUCAAGGAUUAUAGUCUGGGAUAACGUAACCAAACAGCCUCGAUACGAUCCACUAGGCCACUCGGACGGUAUUCUGUGGGCAGGAAUAAGUCCCGACUCGAAACUCAUAGGAGCCAUUGAGAUGAACAACACAGUCCGGAUUUGGCUCGCUGAUAGUGGUAUCUGCAAGAAUUCUUUUGCGUUCCCUUGCAAUGCUGAGGCAAUGAAUGGUGCAUUUCCCCCGGAUUCCAAAUAUUUUGCCCUUAAUUUCGGUGUUAUUUGUUGCCCAUCAGAGAUACAAAUCUUUGAUAUCACUACAGGAAACCGGACAUCCCGCCCCAAUGGCAACCUACUGGCUACUGCGGGCUACUUCGGUGAUGUCAGUAUUUGGGAUGUUACAAACGGGCUGGAAAGAAUGGAGUGGGUUGAAGAUCGACCUGGGGUGGAAGAUGAUCCGGAUUCCUACUUGGCUUCUGACAUACGGUUCUGGGAUGAUAGGAACGAGCUCGUCUUUGAAUGGAGUGGUGUGACAACUAGGGUCUACAAUUGGAGAAGCUGUGUUAUGCAUACUUAUUGCGGGUUUGCGGAGCGUGUUAGAAGACCGGUGAACUGCUCUGAAUAUCUUGGAUUCCCUGCUCAUAGUGGUUCGACUUUGGGGCACAUAUUGAUUCGAAUUUGAG